CAGAAAGUCGCCCCUCUACUUAAUCAGUAGCAUUAACAGGAGUUAACAUCAAUGCAAGAGCCAAAAAACCCCGAGCCAUGUCUAAAGGAGGACUUCCAUGAAUGUCAGGAUGCUCUGGAUUUAACUACGAGUCUGCGCAGCUGAAUCUUUAACAAGCGUAUCUGUCAGCAGCUGGAAUUAUGUUUCCAAAGAUUUUCUAUUUAUGUGUUAAGUUAUUUAGCGCUAUGCAGAUCGCGUCAUCUGCGGACCUGCAGCCUGGCAUGCCAAAUGUUUGCACCAACCAGGAGGUGUCCAUGUUGGGGAUCCGUCAACCCUGUGUUCAGGGGUUUACCCGCAUGGUGAAGGUGUGGAAGCAAGGCUGCACAGGCCACAGAUGGUGCGUGGGAUAUGAGAGAAGGACUACUUACUACACAUUAUACAAGCAAGCGUACAGCAUGGAUUUUCAUACUGUCUAUCAGUGCUGCCCCGGCUGGACUCAGAAGAAUAAUGAGAUGGGCUGUCUACAUAGGGUGUGCAGUGCUAAUGCCUGUCUUAAUGGUGGGAGAUGUAUAGAGAUGGGCAAUCAUGUGUGUCGCUGUCCAUUGGGCUUCAAAGGACUGCAGUGCCAGUAUGAUGUUAACGAAUGUGAAGUGGAUGAAGGCGGCUGUGAGGGUUACUGCUGCAACACCAUUGGCAGCUACUACUGCAAGUGUCCUGAAGGCACUGAAGUAGGGCCAGACGGCAAGGCUUGUCAUGAUAUAAAUGAAUGUGAGGAGCUCAAUGGAGGAUGCCAACAAACGUGUGUCAACACAGCAGGUUCUUAUCACUGCGAGUGUAGCGAAGGUUUCCGGAUGCACUCUGAUGGUCGGACCUGCAUUGCUGUAAAUUCUUGCUCCGUUUUGAAUGGAGGCUGUGAGCACAAGUGUGUGGAUGUGGGCAACAAUCAGUACAGAUGUGAGUGCCGAAGGAACUACCACCUGAAACAAGAUGGGAGACACUGUGAACUGAGGGAUCCCUGUAAGGAGAGGAAUGGAGGCUGCACACACCUGUGCCAAUCAGACGGUGGUAGAGUUAACUGCAGCUGCCGUCCUGGUUUUAUGUUGUCUGGAGACGGAAAAAACUGUGAAGACAUGGAUGAAUGCAGCUCUGGUCAAGCCAAGUGUUCCCAUGGUUGUGUCAACAUGUUGGGCUUCUUCAGCUGUGUGUGCCAUCCUGGUUUCGAAAUCGGUGCUGAUGGCAAGCAGUGCUACCGCAUUGAGAUGGAGAUUGUAAAUAGCUGUGAGAAGAAUAAUGGUGGAUGCCCUCAUCACUGUGAGCAUACCACCAAUGGCCCCCUCUGCUCCUGUAAUCAAGGCUACCAGCUAGACCAAGACAGGAGGACCUGUGUAGAUAGCAAUGAAUGUGUCAGUGAGGGGUCCUGCUGCAGCCAUGUCUGUAGAAACUACCCCGGCGGUUAUGAGUGCAGCUGCAGAGCAGGCCACAGACUGAACCCAGAUGGCUGUGGCUGCGACGAUAUUGACGAGUGUCUAGUAGAGACCUCGGGAUGUGAACACUACUGUGUCAACACCUUGGGAACCUAUCAGUGCUUUUGCCGAGCGGGCUUCCGCUUGGAUCAAGACCAGCACUCUUGCAUCUCUCUGUAUGGCAGUGAUCUGGAUGAGGAAGAGGAGGAACAGGAGCAGAAUGAGGGGCUGGAUGUUGACAGACUACCUGACCUGCUGUUUCGAAAGGCUCCGCAGCUGUUGCGUUACACAGCAGCCCCACAUUACAGCAGAGUUGAUGGUCAUCGUGUUAGUGGCAGUGAAGAAGAAUUAGAGAUCCGCGGAGAGCACAGGGGAGAGCUGAAACUUGAGAGCACCAUAGUGUGCUUAGAUGGCUCCUUUGGGAAUGACUGUAGUGUGAGCUGUGAAGACUGCGUGAAUGGAGUGUGUAGUAAAAACAGAGACCGAUGUGAUUGUUCACCUGGCUGGACGGGAACCAUCUGCAACGAGAGUUGCCCAAGGGGUUAUUUUGGAAGGCACUGUAAACAAAGGUGCAACUGCCCCAACAACGGACCCUGUCACCGACUGUAUGGAGCCUGCCUCUGCUUUCUGGGAUUAUAUGGUCGUUUCUGCCAUCUAGCUUGUCCCAGGUGGACCCAUGGAGCAGGAUGUUCCAAAGAAUGCAAAUGUGUCCAAGAACAUUCCAGUGGCUGUGACCCAAAAACGGGGAGCUGUUUCUGUAAGGCUGCAUACCACGGUCUGCUAUGUGAGAAAGAAUGCGAUCCAGGCUUCUUUGGCCCCGACUGUGAGCAGUCAUGUGAUUGUCCAGGUGGAGGGUCAUGUGACCCUAAAACCGGAGAGUGCAGCCAAAGAUGUCCUGCUGGGCUUCAGGGGGACCAGUGUCAACUGGCCUGCCAAACAGGAAACUAUGGUGAAAACUGUCGUCUGACCUGUGACUGUCGAGGAGCUCCCUGUGAUCCUGUAACCGGAGAGUGUGACUGUCCUGCUGGGAAGAGAGGAAGCUCAUGCCAGGAAGAUUGUCCUGAUGGAUUCUGGGGGCUGAAGUGCCAGUUCUCUUGUCCUGUCUGCGAGAACAGUGGCUCCUGCAACAAGCAAACUGGUAUGUGCAACUGCAAGGCAGGCUUCAUGGGAAAUCUCUGUCAAGAAGCAUGUCCUGCAGGGCAGUAUGGGCCUGGCUGUCUAAUGCGCUGCUCUUGCCAUGCUGAUGCCAGCUGUGACCCAAAGAAUGGAACCUGCAUCUGCCCUCCUGGCAAAAUGGGUCACGAUUGUUCAACAACAUGUGAAGCUGGUUUCUGGGGCCAAGGCUGUAUCGGAAGGUGUCGGUGCCAGGAACAUUCUGUGGGCUGUGACCCAGUCAGCGGACAGUGUGUGUGUGAGGCAGGGUACACCGGAGACUACUGUGAGGAGAAGUGUAUGAAUGGUAAUUAUGGUCACGGCUGUGCUCAGGAGUGUCUGUGUCAGAAUGAAGCCCUCUGUGACCAUGUGAGCGGCGCCUGCAUCUGCUCCCCUGGAUUCACCGGGUCUCUCUGUGAAAAAACGUGCCCGAACGGCUUUUACGGUCUUGACUGUGGCCAGAUGUGCGAGUGCAAGAACGGUGCCCGCUGCCACCACAUCACAGGAGCCUGCCUGUGCACCGCCGGGUGGGCAGGACCACACUGCAUUCUGGAAUGCCAAGACGGCCGAUUUGGAGAGCAGUGCAGCCAGACCUGUGAGUGUCAGAAUGGGGGCAGUUGUGACCGCGUCACUGGGCGAUGCAGCUGUGCAGACGGUUGGACCGGAAUCCACUGCCAACUGUGCGAGUAUUUCACCACGUCAGUAACUUUACCAUCAAUGGCUAAAGCUUGUCCUCCAGGUCAAUAUGGGGAACAUUGUUCUAACAAGUGUCUGUGUCAAAACGGAGGUUCCAGUAAUAGCAUGACUGGCCAGUGCUCCUGUCUACCUGGAUAUAGAGGAGCUGCUUGUGAGUUAGAGUGUGAGGAAGGAAACUAUGGCGAGAACUGCACACAGACAUGUGGAUGUUCAAAUGGAGGGAGAUGUGACAAGGUGACUGGAAAAUGUCUUUGCCUGCCUGGCUGGACUGGAGAGCGCUGUCAAUUAGUCUGUUCUGAGGGAUUUUUUGGGGAGCGCUGCGAGCGGAGGUGCGACUGUGCCCACAGUUCCAGCUGCCACCACGUGUUGGGUCGCUGUGAAUGUUGGCCAGGCUGGAGAGGAGCCAGGUGUGACAAACCCUGCCUUCCUGGGUUCUACGGCCCUUCCUGUGCCCGGCGUUGUCAGUGCCUGGCUGGGGUGUCCUGUCACCAUAAGACGGGGAGUUGCAGCUGCCCAGCUGGACUCACAGGGUCUGGAUGCGAGGAAACAUGUCCAGUUGGCACAUUCGGACAAAACUGCAGCCAGCUGUGCCGAUGCUCCGAGCUCCAAGAGCAGUGUGAUCCUGUGACAGGGAAAUGCAGCUGCUUACCUGGCUACUACGGGCCACGCUGUGUGCUCCGAUGUCGAGCUGGUUCAUUUGGGCCAAACUGCAAGUCAAGAUGCAUCUGCGUCAAUGAAGGUCGCUGUGACUUCAGGACCGGGACAUGCUACUGUUCGCCUGGUUACAUUGGAGCUGACUGCAGUUCCAGUUGUCCCAGUGGAUACUAUGGGAAGGACUGUUCAAAGCUGUGCUCCUGUGGGGAAAGAGGUCAGUGCCAUCCAGUAAAUGGUAGGUGUAUAUGUGGACCCGGAAGGACAGGGACAUCAUGCCAACAAGCUUGUCCAAAAGGACGCUACGGCUUGCAGUGCAGGUACGCGUGCAGCUGUCAGAAUGGAGCCGUAUGUGAUCCUGUUGAUGGGUUUUGUAAGUGUGGACUGGGCUGGACUGGGCCCCAAUGUGAGACAGCUUGUCCAGCAGGAAAAUAUGGGCCCGAUUGUGCACAACACUGCCAAUGUCUUAACAAUGGGUCUUGCAGCCGUUUUACUGGCAGCUGCAGCUGUACUGCUGGGUACUAUGGCCACUGCUGUCAACAUGAGUGUCCUUCUGGGUUUUAUGGAGUGAAUUGCGGGCUUAUAUGUGGCUGUAAGGUGGUCCAAGAAUGUAAUCAUGUGACAGGCAAAUGUCUGUGCCCACCUGGCUAUGAUGGCUUGGAAUGCGAAAGACGAUGUGAAGAUGGCAGCUUUGGAUUGAAUUGUGCAAAGCCUUGUGAUUGUGUGGAUGGGACGCCAUGUGACCCAUCCACUGGAAGGUGUCUCUGUCUCUCAGGCCAGUGGGGACAGAAAUGUGAAAAACGCUGUGAUGGAGACCGCUUUGGCCCUGACUGCUCCCUGCUAUGCCAGUGUUUCCAGGGUUCCCGUUGCGAUCCGAUAAACGGCAGAUGUCUGUGUCCACUCACCUGGUUCGGCCCGACUUGUAGUGAAGCGCGGCUGCACCAAACCUCAGGAGUGCUGAACAUGUCUGUGUCUCAUAGAAAGAGAAGAACAGGCAGCACAACCACAUAACCCAAACAGAGGUGCAGACUCCUAACUGGAUGCUCAAACUCGGGGACUUGGUUUUGCUCUGAUCGUCUUUGAGAAGUUUAUGUUUGUUCUGUGGAGCUGGUACUCGGUUGUCAGAGGCUGGCACUCCAUCACUGAGUCUGAGACAAUCAACCACAGGUACCAGCAUGUGAAAGGCCUUUGGAAGACCAUAAACUCCGACUCAAGCUGUUUAAGAUUUAAAGUUGGAGGUUGUAUGCCAACACACAGAAAUACCUGCAGAGGAUUUGGUGCUUACAUUGAAUGACAUCUGGUCAUUUUGGCAUUUAUUGAGUCAAUGGUUCACUUCACAAUGAGACUCAUGAACUGCCAUUACUGCAGGAAAUGUUCAGUUUAUUUUUGUCUUUUAAAGAGAUAUGCAAUGAUAAUGCAAUAUGAUACUUUUGAUUAAAACCAUUAGAUUAAAUGAGCGGCUUUAUGGUUAAUUUCAUAAAUAAAUGUACAGGUACUGGAGUACUUUAGAGAUAAAAAAAUACUGUCCUGUAUAAAAGAAUCAGAUUAUCAAGUAAUCAGUACUUCUUACUCUUUGAACAUGUAUACAUUUUGCAACAAUACAACCACAGUUUCAGCGUACAUCAUUGGGAUUUUAUGUGAUAGAUUAGUACAAAGUGGUGCAUAAUAAUAAAGUAGAAGACAAAUGAUAAAUGGUUUUCAAAAUACCUCACAUAUUACUUAAUUGUAAGGAGGCAGUAGAAGUUUUUCUUAGAGAUCUUUUAAAGCCAAGCUUACUUACACAGGUGUUGCUAAACAAAACAAAAAUAGUUUAAAAACAUUUGUAUUUAAUUUCAUAUCUUUUUUUAUUUACUUAAUAAUCUCAUAUUUUGCCCGUGAACCGUAUUCUGUUUCGUUAACUGUGGGUGUGGUAAUUGUCAUUGUAAAGUUUCACAAGUCAAAAAUGCAGUUCAUAUGUGAAAAAAGUUAUUAGGACUUCAAUGUUAAGUUCAACAACUUUAUAAAACAUAUUUCUUCAUAGUUUUUAGCCUAAUUUUAUUUGCAAGCCUGCAAUGUUAUAUACAAUUUACGUAAUUCUUCAACAGUCAUACUGAGCAUUGUUUGGCAAGUAAAGUAUUAGUGCAUCGUGGUAUCAGCAAGUUUUUCCUCAGCCAGUCUGUAAAAACUGUUUUCUCCCUUAUAAUUGUCCUUUUUCUCAUAGGUUUUUAGAUAAACUUUUUUCCAGUUCCAGGACUUUGAAGGUAGUGUAUAUAAGCAAUAAAUAUUCAAAAUGUGCACUUUAUUGCCAAAGAAAAUUUUGCAUAUUUAUAUUAUUUGAAAUAGGCUUGACUAAAACAUUAUUUCUGUCUAAUUUUUUCCUAUUUUACAUAUUUUAGAAAAAAAAAAUUGAUUGAAGUGCAGAUUUUUUUAAUUAAAUCAUUUUAUUAAAAAUGCUUGUAAUGUUUAAUAAAAUCAUUUUUAAUAAAAUGAUGUAAUAAAAAAAAAGAAAAGAAUUAACAAAAAAAUUAAUUAACUUUGAUAAUUUCACAAUAUGGAGAUUUUGUACCUGUAAUCAACACACCCGCUGUAUCCAUCAGUGCUCAUUCCCCAACAUAACAGUGGUGCUACAUUGUGUACACAUUUUGGAAUUUGUUGCAUUUUUAAUAUGGUCUUCUGUGUUCUAAUGUUUUUUAUGAACAUUCAAAAUUGGCUGAUUAGGAAUAAAAAAAGAUGCAACUGUA